UCGAGAUAAUGAUGUAAAAAGACUCGGGCGUCUUGUGCGUAACGAGGAUCGUCGUGGAGACUCACUGAAGGUGAAUCACAGGGAGGGAGAGAGAGCGAGAGAGAGCGAGAGAGAGAGAGAGAGAGAGGAGGGCAGGAGGAAGCAGCACUUAUUACACGAGUCUCCUCCUCAUCUCCACACCUCAGUUGACAACUCGCGCAAACCUGCAACUUCAACAUUGACACACACACAAGCGACAAACUUGCAAAGGACAAAAAGAGGAAGGGACUCGUCCAGAGUUUCCAGACGGGAGUCCGCACGGCCAUGGACAGGAGGAUGAACUUGAGCGGCAGCGCAGGAGACAUUUUUCAAAAAACUCUGAGCGCAGUGUCCAGUAAAAAGAUGGAUCCUUUCAGGUCAGCCGGCAUCGAACUACCAGCCAGGGACCGCCAGUCACCGAUGAGCUGCUUUGACCAGACCGAUCCAGACCCGAUUCAGCCGGGAGGACUGGCAGGAGUCAGAGGGGGACCGCUGGGGCUGCCCACCGGAUCUUUGUGCAUCAACUACGGGGAGAGCGCUAACAGGACCUCAGCGGCGGAGAGCAGCGGCGGGGAGCAGAGUCCCGACGACGACAGCGAUGACAGGUGUGACAUGGUCCUUCUGGGUGACAGGCGGACGGGGGCCGCGGGCAAACCAGAGGGAGGUAAGAAAAGCAAAGAGCAGAAAUUACUGCGGCUAAACAUCAACGCCAGAGAGAGACGACGGAUGCACGACCUGAACGACGCGCUGGACGAGCUCAGAGGCGUCAUCCCUUACGCGCACAGCCCGUCCGUGCGCAAACUCUCCAAAAUCGCCACUUUGCUGCUCGCCAAAAACUUCAUCCUCAUGCAGGCGCAGGCGCUGGAUGAGAUGAGGCGGCUAGUGGCGUAUCUCAACCAGGGCCAGGCCAUCUCCGCUGCUUCCAUACCGACCGCCACUGCACUCGCGGCUCAGAGCCUGGGCGCGUACGACCAGCCGCCUGGAUAUCCCUUCCCCACCGGAGUGGCUGCGUCCGCCUGUCCGGACAAAUGUACCCUUUUCAACAACGCCACCUCCAGCCUCUGCAAACAGUGCACUGACAAGCCUUAAUUGCGCGCGACAGAGACCCACAGAAGCACACGAGAGCGAGAGCGAGAGAGAGCAGACAACACUCCUAAGAAACACUUGUGGAAAGUCAGUCAGUCAGUCAGUAGGCUAGAGACAAAUAAUUUUAUAAUAUGUACUAAAAUGCAUUGAAAACGCUUUUUUUGGUGUCCAAACAAUACUUGAUUGUGUACAUAAAUCAUCCUUAAAGUGCUGGUAUGAAUGACAGUGAAGACCAAACACAAGUACAGUGACAGGCCUGUGAGGGCUGUGAGUCAGUGAGUGAGUGAGCGAGUGAGUGAGUGAGUGAUGGACCUGUCUGGAGAUUUUUAGUGACCUGACAACUUUUCCAGCGAACUUUUGGGUUUUGAAUAGACGUGGACACUUUUCCCCCUGGAGAGUUAAGUCCUAUACGAACCUCACUUUUCUGCUGCUUCCUUUGAUUGUUUGCUGUUCUUACUUUGACUCACCCUCAGAGACAUUUUUUGUUUUUGUUUUGUUUUGCUUUACUGGUUUCAAAGGCCUGCUGCAGUCUUCAUGAACUUUUCUAUAUCGAGCACGUGGAAUGUCACGAGCGAGGCAAUGUGAACUGAGAACAGAGGAGGAGAGGAGUUCAGGGGUUUUAAUCGGUCAGAUAUUUAUUUAUAUGUGAUAAGAAUUCACUUGUUAAAAGUUUCGCACGGCUAUUACAAUUCUUUCUUGGGGGGGAGGAGGGAGGGGGGAGGGCAAUGUGACAUAAUAAUAAAAUUUCAAAAAAUUUAGAAAACCUGAGUCAAGGCCCUAUAUCAGGUUGUUCGCUGUGUCUUUUUGUAAUUUAUAAAUUUGAAUAUUUAUAUCCGGUUUGUUUUUUUUUGCUUGUAUUGCACACUGUAGUUUGUGUUUCUUUUCUUUCUUUCCUUUUUUCACACUAAGUGAUCGAGGUCUUCAGUUGCAUCGCGUUGUCAGGUCAAAGCUGUGGACUAUUAUUGUAGAUACAUUAGUUAUUCUAUGAGCAAAGAGGGCCAUUUGUAUGUAUUUCAGUGUUGGAAAAAGCUUUAUUAAAAUAUUUUGAACAACAGAAAA